AUGUGGAGAAAGUCGAAACGUGGUUUGGGCUGCGCGGAGCUGGGCUGGGGCGACUUCUGGGGAACCGGCGGGGCUGAGCCCCUAGAGCGGCGGAGGCCUGGGCCAGAGCCUCCCGCCGCGUCCCCGCACCUCCCCCGGCCCUGGCUCUCCCCCUCGGGCUCCCGGGGCACGGAUGUCGCGCGCUUGCGUCCUGAGGGGGCGGUGCGCCGGAAGGGAGGCGGGCGGGGGGCGUGGGGGGUCGUGGGCGUCGGGGGUGGAGACGUAUUAGAUGUGACGCCGCGGCCCGGCGGGUAGCAGACCGGCGGACGCGGUGCCCGCGGUGGCGAGCGGAUCCCGGGUGCUGCGGCUGAGGGAGGCGGCCCUCCCGAGAGCGGCGGCCCUCCCGAGCGGCGGCCGCAGAGGCGUCCAGCCCUCAGCCCCCGAUCCCGGACCGCCGGGCUCCCCGCGCUCUAGGGCAGGCGGAGAGGGGAGCGGCCGAACGGCUCGAGGCUGGGGGCUCGCGGGCGCGGCCGCGUGCCGCGGGGAGGGAGGCUGGGGGGCCGGGGCCGGGGCCGCGCCCCGGAGCGCGUCGGAGGCCGGGGCCGGGGCGCGGCGGCUCCCCGCGCGGCUCCAGGGGCUCGGGGACCCCGCCAGGGCCUUGGUGGGGCCAUGGCCGCCGGGAGCAUCACCACGCUGCCAGCCCUGCCGGAGGACGGCGGCAGCGGCGCUUUCCCGCCCGGCCACUUCAAGGACCCCAAGCGGCUGUACUGCAAGAACGGGGGCUUCUUCCUGCGCAUCCACCCCGACGGCCGAGUGGACGGGGUCCGCGAGAAGAGCGACCCUCACAUCAAACUACAACUUCAAGCAGAAGAGAGAGGGGUUGUGUCUAUCAAAGGAGUGUGUGCAAACCGUUACCUUGCUAUGAAAGAAGAUGGAAGAUUACUAGCUUCUAAAUGUGUUACAGACGAGUGUUUCUUUUUUGAACGAUUGGAGUCUAAUAACUACAAUACUUACCGGUCAAGGAAAUACUCCAGUUGGUAUGUGGCACUGAAACGAACUGGGCAGUAUAAACUUGGACCCAAAACAGGACCUGGGCAGAAAGCUAUACUUUUUCUUCCAAUGUCUGCUAAGAGCUGAUCUUAAUGGCAGCAUCUGAUCUCAUUUUACAUGAAGAGGUAUAUUUCAGAAAUUUG